GACCUACAAGCACUCUGACAGGCUCAGAGAGCAGAGUCUGUACCAAAGAGCAAUUACCCCACCAAACGAUUUCAGAUGGAGGUGGAUGCAGACGAGAAGCGCCAUCGCACACGCUCCAAAGGUGUUCGAGUUCCCGUGGAACCAGCCAUACAAGAGCUGUUCAGCUGUCCCACGCCUGGCUGUGAUGGCAGUGGUCAUGUUAGUGGCAAAUAUGCAAGACACAGAAGUGUUUAUGGCUGUCCAUUGGCAAAAAAAAGAAAAACACAAGAUAAGCAACCCCAAGAACCAGCCCCCAAAAGAAAACCCUUUGUGGUUAAAACAGACAACUCUUCAGUAGAUGAGUGCUAUGAAACUGAUGGAACAGAGGAAAUGGAUGAAAAGGAAGAGGAAGAAGAGGAAGAGGAUGAAGAAGAGGAGGAAUAUUCUGAUGAUAAUGAGGAGCAAGGUGACGAGGAGGAGGAUGAUGAGGAGAUAGAUCGAGAAGAAGAAGAGGAGAUUGAGGAGGAAGAAGAGGAGGAUGAAGAGGAAGGUGAAGAUGUGGAGGAUGAAGAGGAGGAGGAAGAAGAGGAGGAGGAAGAAGAGGAGGAGGAGGAAGAACGUGAUCCCUCAAGAACAGAAAAGAAAGAGAGCAAAUGUCCUACCCCUGGGUGUGAUGGAACUGGCCAUGUAACGGGGCUUUACCCCCAUCACCGCAGUUUGUCAGGAUGCCCACACAAAGAUAGGGUCCCUCCAGAAAUUCUUGCCAUGCAUGAAAAUGUUCUUAAGUGUCCUACACCAGGCUGCACAGGCCGGGGCCACGUAAAUAGCAACAGGAAUUCCCACCGAAGCCUCUCUGGAUGUCCUAUUGCUGCAGCAGAGAAACUGGCUAAAGCUCAAGAGAAGCAUCAGAACUGUGAUGUGUCAAAAUCAAACCAGGCAUCAGAUCGGGUUUUAAGGCCCAUGUGCUUUGUUAAGCAAUUGGAGAUCCCUCAGUAUGGCUACAGAAACAAUGUCCCCACCACCACACCCCGCUCCAACUUGGCCAAGGAACUAGAGAAAUACUCUAAGACUUCGUUUGAAUAUAACAGUUAUGACAACCAUGCCUAUGGCAAGAGAGCCAUAGCUCCCAAGGUGCAAUCCAGGGAUAUAUCCCCCAAAGGAUAUGAUGCUAAACGCUACUGUAAGAAUUCAAGUCCAACCAGCAGCACAACAAGCAGUUAUGCCCCUAGCAGCAGCAGCAAUAUGAGUUGUGGUGGAGGCAGCAGUGCCAGCAGUACCUGCAGCAAGAGCAGCUUUGACUAUACUCAUGACAUGGAGGCAGCACACAUGGCUGCUACUGCUAUUCUGAAUCUCUCCACCCGCUGCAGGGAGAUGCCUCAGAACCUCUCCACUAAGCCUCAGGAUCUCUGUGCAAGGAAUCCUGAUAUGGAAGUCGAUGAAAACGGGACGUUGGAUCUGAGCAUGAACAAGCAGAGGCAGCGAGAUGGUUGCUGCACCAUUUUGACCCCACUGGAGCCAAUGUCCCCUCAACGGCAAGCCGUGAUGAACAACCGCUGUUACCAGCUGAACGAGGGUGACUGCUGGGACUUGCCAGUGGACUACACUAAAAUGAAGCCAAGUAGGAUAGAUGAAGAUGAUUCCAAAGAGAUUAAUCCGGAAGAUUUGGAUCCUUUCCAAGAGGCUCUUGAAGAAAGAAGGUAUCCUGGUGAAGUUACAAUUCCAAGUCCUAAACCCAAAUACCCUCAAUGCAAAGAGAGCAAAAAGGAUUUAAUAACAUGUCCAACACCAGGGUGUGAUGGGAGUGGUCAUGUGACUGGUAAUUACGCCUCACAUAGAAGUUUAUCUGGCUGUCCCUUGGCUGACAAAAGCAUUCGGAGUAUGCUGGCCACAAGCUCACAAGAACUCAAGUGUCCCACCCCUGGGUGUGAUGGCUCUGGGCAUAUUACUGGAAAUUAUGCUUCUCAUCGAAGUCUUUCAGGCUGUCCGCGAGCAAAGAAAAGUGGAAUCAGGAUAGCACAAAGCAAGGAAGACAAAGAAGACCAAGAGCCAAUUAGAUGUCCAGUUCCUGGCUGUGAUGGUCAGGGUCACAUAACUGGAAAGUACGCGUCCCAUCGCAGCGCAUCAGGGUGUCCUCUUGCUGCCAAAAGGCAAAAGGAUGGGUACCUGAAUGGCUCACAGUUCUCUUGGAAGUCAGUGAAGACGGAAGGAAUGUCAUGUCCAACACCAGGGUGUGAUGGCUCAGGACAUGUCAGUGGUAGUUUUCUUACUCAUCGUAGUUUAUCAGGAUGCCCCAGAGCUACUUCAGCAAUGAAGAAAGCAAAGCUGUCUGGAGAACAAAUGCUAACAAUAAAGCAGCGGGCCAGUAAUGGUAUAGAAAAUGAUGAAGAAAUUAAACAGUUAGAUGAAGAAAUCAAAGAACUAAAUGAAUCCAACUCCCAGAUGGAAGCUGAUAUGAUUAAACUCAGAACUCAGAUUACCACAAUGGAGAGCAACCUGAAGACGAUAGAAGAGGAGAACAAAGUAAUUGAACAGCAAAAUGAGUCUCUUCUUCAUGAAUUGGCCAAUUUAAGCCAGUCUUUAAUUCAUAGUCUAGCUAAUAUCCAGCUGCCACAUAUGGAACCAAUCAAUGAACAAAAUUUUGAUGCUUACGUGACCACUUUGACGGACAUGUAUACAAAUCAAGAUCGUUAUCAGAGUCCAGAAAAUAAAGCCCUACUGGAAAAUAUAAAGCAGGCUGUGAGAGGAAUUCAGGUCUGAACAGCUGCUAUAGUGAUGAAAAUCUUGCUUAAAAAAAGGAUGCCUCUUGUUUUUUGCUGCUGUAAUUUACCAGAAAGUGUUAUAUAUUUAUUUCUGUUUGAAACAGUGUUAUGCUUACAAGACUUCAUAAUGAUUUUAUGUCUUGCUUUAAAGAUAGUAACUGCAGAAUAGUUUUUUGAAUACAUUCACAUUUUGUACGUUUUCAUAUAAGCUGACAUAGUGUGAUAUGCCAUGUAAUGUUUAUAGCUGCUAAUGUAUGCACAUUUUUGGGGUAUAUAUAUUUCUGAAGAGGUAAGCUGAUCAAAAUAAAUAGAGUGUAAAUUCUUUUUAAUGCUUUAGUGAUUAAAUGUUUUAGUAUUUUGAACUGAAAUGGACAAAAAAAAACAGCUUUGAAUGACAAUGUUGCGGUCUGCAGCCACUUUUUAAACACUAUCAUUUUGCCUCAUGUUGGAGGAUUUUAUGGGAUUUAAGAAAUACAUUUUGUGUGCAUAUUGUUUCAUAGCAAGAAUUGGUUGCAAAAAUGCUUUAUUUUUGAACAAUGCUUGAAAAUAUUAUGUGACUUUUGGUUUUGAAGGAUGGUGUGUGGUGGGGGCAAUAAAAUGAGGUUUUUUGAAUUCCAAGAAAAUGGCAUGGAUUAGAUGUAAGUUACAAAAUGGGUAAUUUAUUGUAAGACAACAUCAAGCCAUGGAAACUUGACAGAAGAUUCAAAGCAGCUUAAACAGCACUUUUUAAUUAACUUCUAAGCAUUACAUGGUAUGAAUAUGGGAACUUCCAUUAUGAAAAGAACUAUAUCAGAGGUGGACAACGUGAAGAUUUCAGCUUUUGUUUUCAAAUAAACUUUGGAGCCAACAUUCACUUAUUUCUACCGGACUGCUAGUGCCCCUCUGAACUAUCUGUUAUAGCAAUGUAGUUCAUCUUUCAGAAAUUCUGUGGUUUCAAUUCAAGAUGGAGGACAAUAUUUAAAAGUUAAUAUUGCCUUUUCACAUCUUUAAUUUUGGGAUAAAUACAAAUGAUCUAGUGUCUAUUAGAGUUACUGAACUGCAUUCAUUGCUGUCUGUUGUAGGAAUGCAGUUCAGUAAAGAUUUUUCCUUUUGCUUUGCCAAACAUUUGACCCCAUUUUUAACAUUUUAAUAUUUAUGUUUUGCUUUUUGUUGGAGAACAAUCAUUACUGCAGCAUUCACAUAUGCUUUGUAUUUGUUCUACUAUCACCUAUUGCAAAAAUGAAUGCAAUCAAAUUUUUAAUGUAAUUAAAUAUACUUCAGCACUUUUUUUGCUUUAAACAGGAUCAUUUUAAGGUAAAACUUAUUUGUACCUUCAAGAUUUGAUUGUUUUCUUCAAAAUGACUGCACUAUAUGUAUGCAUAAGACCACUUUUUAUUACUACAUUUUUCUUUUUUAAGUAGUAAAUUUGGUGAUGUGUUGUGUUUUAGAGAUGUUGAAUUUAUUUAAAUUUGAUAGCAUAUCUUUUCCUUCCAUGUCUUGAUGUUAUGCAGAAAGUACAAAAGUACUUUAAAAUUUUGUUAUGAAAAAGAUGGGUUUUGUAAAAAAUAAAAUAUUUUUAGCAGAACAGGACUUACAGGGUCAUUGUCCCCACAAUGUGCCAGUUGACUAUUUGCACUUACCUUGCCCUAUAUAUCCAUACGGAGGUGUGCAAUUUCUUGUGUCAUUAGCCUUGUGACACUAAACCUGAACAAAUUAUAGUGGAAGCCAUUAUGGCCAAUCCAGUAAUAUUGCUAAGGGAGACUACAGGGAUCUCACAACAAAUAUUCUGAUACAAUACUCAACCUCGGUAUAUAUAUAUAUGUAUAAAUAUAUGUAUAUCCCAGCGGCACUUUAUACUAUUCACUGUACAAAAGCUUACAGUUUUCCACGAGGACUUUAAUAACUAGCUGGGAAAAGAUUAUGUAAUUACUUUGGGGCUCUGCAGUAUCUUAUCUGUACAGUGCCCUUUUUCUGUUGUGCUAUUAGUUGUAGCUGCCAUGCUCAGAAUUGCCUUUUUGAGAGCUGAAGCAAGGUGCUUGUUGUUCACCUUCUGCCAUAUAUAUUGUACUUUUGCCCUAGCCUCCUUUUAGGGCUUUCAUUGUUCAUAAUGGCAUAUGCAUUUUUCCACUGCAUUGUGUCUGCAGCUUCUUUGCCAAUAUAGUAAUGCUUUCAGUAGAGUAAUAGAUAGUAUCAGUUUUGGAUUCUUAUUGUUAUCACCUAUGUACAAUGGAAAGGGAUUUUAAGCACAAAUCUGCUGCUCAUCUAAUGUUGGUACAUAAUAUCAAAUCAAAAGUUAUCUGUGACUAUUAUAUAGGGAUCACAAAAGUGUCACAUAUUAGAAUGCUGACCUUUCAUAUGAAAUUAUUGUGAGUCAUCAGAGUUUAUUUAUUAUAACUUAUUGUUCAUAUUCAUUUCUAAGUUAAUUUAAGUAAUCAUUUAUUAAGACAGAAUUUUGUAUAAACUAUUUAUUGUGCUCUCUGUGGAACUGAAGUUUGAUUUAUUUUUGUACUACACGGCAUGGAUUUGUUGACAUUUUAAUUUUGCUAUAAAUGUGUGGAAUCACAAGUUGCUGUGAUACUUCAUUUUUAAAUUGUGAACUUUGUACAAAUUUUGUCAUGCUGGAUGUUAACACAUCUUACU